AUGUCGCGACAAAAUGACGAGGUCUUCCAAAAUUUGCUUAACGAAGAAGGGGAUAGCGGGUUCUCGAGUAGUGAUGCUAACGAUACGAUGCCGCCAUUAAUGUCAAACAGCAGUAGUGAGACGAAAGAAGAAUUGAGACCAGAGAACCAAGGGGAUGGCCGUGGAGAACCACCUGCGAUCGAUGGAGUGUAUGAAAGGAGAUUUAGAAUCAACAGACACGACAUGGCUCGACAUCUUGAACGUUUUAGACUUUCUGGCCGUCUGCCUGAUGACGUUUGGACGAUGCGUAUGAAGACAUAA